CUAGCAGACGACAUCCUGUAUCAAAAGAUAAUAAACCAUAAACGGAUUUCUCAAUUCGCUGUGUCAUAAUCUUUGCAAGUCAAUAAAUAUAAUUUAAGUUUUUCAACUUCGUUUGAAGACCGAUAUUUUGUGUUGAAAAAGAUGCCUUUUCUCGAGAAUUUAAUGGAACGGGUCAACCUGCAGGAAAAGCGUAACACCUACGCUUCCGUCUCAGCGGGAAUAUUAUUUGCAUCAGGCUGGUGGAUGAUUUUUGAUGUAGCUGCACGAUACCCCGCCAUGGAAGUUUUUCACCAUGCCUAUCAUGUUUGUGGUGUUGUAGGCACUAUUUCAAUGAUAAUGAUCAAUAUGGUGAGCAAUGGUGCAAUUAGAGGAGACAGUUACUCUGAAGAUGGAUGUCUAGGUUCACGCGGUGCUCGCGGUUGGUUUUUCCUGGGUCUCGUUCUUGGUUUCACUGCCCUCAUUGCAUCAUGUUGGAUUUUAUUUCAAGCUUACGUCAUUCCCGCAAAUGUCCCACAAUGGCCUGGAGUUGGACUCUUCAUGCAAAAUCUUUUCAUAUUUUUAUCCUCUCUGAUGUUCCGAUUUGGCAGAUCAGAGGAGCUUUGGUCUUCGUAAAAUGCAUCAGAUAUCGUCCCAUUUCACAGCGAAAGCUGAUGAACAAACAUUUGAUGUGCAUUCAUGACGUUAAUAUUGAAGCACCAUGAUAAUAACCUUUUUUCGUUUUCACUCACAUUUUCUUCUGUUCAUUUUCAUUCGCAUUAUAACCAAUUGGUGUGAUACUCUCAAUACAGAAAAGCGUACGCUAAACAAGAA